UGGAAGUUGAUGCGCCCGGAAGAAAUAAACAGCGUACCAGGGUAAAAUCCUGCUGAAUGACCCCGAAGAAAAGCUUAAAACAUGAAGUAUUCAGACUGAAACAAAGAUGCUGACUGUCGCUUUAAGAAGAUGCGUCAUGGCAACACCGAGGGUUUCCCUCUGGGCUCGUUGUCCUCCAACAUGGCGGUCGUCGUCCAUGACCGGGUCGCCAUUCUCCUCUAGUUUCUUCCCGGAUGAUUUCAGACGACUACAACCUCAUGGUUUCACUUCCGUCACCCAGAAAACUCCGCGUUUGAACGCUUUAAUCACAUCGCAACAUUUCCACUCAUCUGUUGCGAGGCUGAAGAAACGAAACCAACCAGAACCGCCUCCCCGGGAACUGGACUUGCUCCGGUAUGACAUAAAAGGCUUGUGGGAAGGUCCGAAGCCGGCGCUGUGUCUGGGCUUCGCCGGGCUCAUCCCCUUCGUUUCCCCGCCUCUGAUCAUGGCCACCACAGAGACGUUUUACCCAGAGCUGGCCCACGCCCAGCUGGCUUAUGGCGCCGCCAUCGUCUCCUUCCUGGGCGGCGCCCGAUGGGGGUUCGCGCUUCCCGACAGCAGCCCGGCCAAACCCGACUGGAUCAACCUGGCCAACAGCGUGGUUCCGCCGCUGUUAGCGUGGGCGGCCAUGCUGUUGAGCGACAGCCUUGUUCCGGCAGCCAUGAUGGUCAUCAUCGGACUCGGUGUUUCGCUGCACUAUGACCUCUCUCUGCUGCCGACGUAUCCCAGCUGGUUCAAAGCGCAGCGCUCCAUCCUGACCGUGACGGCGUUCUUCUCUCUACUCGGAACGCUUUUAAUGAGCGGGUCGUUUCCAGAGAAGUACUUUUUCUGAAGCAUAUUAAUGUUUCAUGUACAACGCAUUGGGGCAGAGGAGGACAUUUUCACCAAAAACCUCAGAAAAUACCUACUGAGAGAAAAAAAGUAUAGAAGUUUUCACUAGGUGGCGCAAAAAUGCCAUAUUUUCAUCCUGAUUUCACUAUAUUGGAUUUAAAUAAAGAAAAACAAUGAUA